GCAGGAGUUAUGGAGACAUGGUGGAGCGGUGACGGACGGAGACUGUGACACUGACGCAGAGCUUUGUGAGGAUGUUGUUACACCGCCACAACGCCAGAGGGCGACGAGUGUUAGUUUCAAACAAUGGCGAUUCAAAGUGAGCGGCUCGUGUUGAGCUGCAGCUAAUAAAUGUUGACCAGCAGUUACUGUUUCUGAAGCUACUGCGACGUGGAAGGAGAGGAUGGUUGAUGCGGUUCAGCCGGUAAACCGGCCGCUGCUGGACCAAGCGGACCAGUCACAGCGCUUCAGGUCUGCGUCACCGCGACGUGCUGUGACGUUUCCUGGGAGGUGCACGUCACACGCGCGCACACACACACACAGAUACCAUGCAUCAUCUCUUAUUAUAAAUGUGUCUUUAGUCAUUUAGUCAUAUAUAUAUAUAUAAAAUGAUCUCUACACACAUUCAACAGCAGAAACAGAGGAGAGCCCCUCCCCCACCUUUCUAUAGAGAAAAGUAGUAAAAUGGUUAAUGGUUGUGUGGGUUUGUAUUUGCAUGGACUGAAGCAGCUGAAUUCACGUGUGUGUGUGGUUUUAUUGUUAAAUGCAGAGCUGAUGCUGGAACUAUAGGCCGCUGGAAUCACGGCUCGUUAAACGUGUUUUUACGCUGUGAUUAAUGAGGAUCAGACAAACGCGCGGUGUAUUUACAGGCUCUAUAGAUUAGACUGGGAGGGCUUUUCGCCCAUUGUCGCUCUGAUUUCCGACAGCCCUUAAAGCGGCAGCGCUGCUGUCAGACCAUCAGUCAGGCGAAAAGACCACAUCCGGUGGUAUAGACCUGCCCGGUAGCUGUGACUCACACAAAACCUGCUUCAUUUGACUCUAAGAACCGUAAAUUAACGGAUCAUAUUCGGGAUGAACACGGAGGAGACGAACGUGGAGCUGCAGGAUGCUGAGCUGCAGGAUGCUGAGCUCAAAGAUGCUGAGCCGAGGGAUGAUGCGCACCCGCCUCAGGUCGCUGCGGAUGCUGAUGCGACGGAGGCCGAUGUGAGCGAGGCGGACCUGGACCAGGAGGAGCAGGAGAAGCAGCCGAUGACCGGAGGAGACCGGGCCGCGGACGCUCCGUCUGCUGCUGGAGACGCGGCGGCGGCGGAGAAAAACGGCUCCGUGAAGCUGAAGAUCCCCGAGGAGGCGGAGGAGGAGGUGAAAUUCACCGGGCUGAACAAGGAGGAGCUGCUGCGGGUGGCGGGGACCCCGGGCUGGGUGAGGACCCGCUGGGCGCUGCUGGUGGUGUUCUGGCUCGGCUGGUUGGGGAUGCUGGUUGGAGCCGUCCUCAUCAUCCUGCAGGCUCCUCGCUGCAGAGACCUGCCCCCCACCAACUGGUGGAACGACGGCCCCUUGUACCAGAUCGGACACAUCCAGGCCUUCACCGACGCCCACAACCUGAAGGGUCUGGAGCAGAAGAUCGACAGUCUGUCUCAGCUGAAGGUCAAAGGUCUGGUGGUCGGACCGAUCCACGUCGCUCCGCCUGACGAAGCCAUGAGCCUGAGGUUUGAAGAGAUUUCCCCCGAGGCUGGAAACCUGGAACAGUUUAAAGGUUUCGUUCAGGCUGCUCACAGGAAGGGUAUUUCUGUGGUCCUGGAUCUGACUCCAAACUACCAGGGAUCAUCUGGACCCUGGUUCUCAAACACCAGUGUGACGAAUGUGGCAGAGAGACUGAAGUCUGCUCUGGUGUUCUGGCUGAAUGAAGGUGUGGAUGGCGUCCAGCUAUCGGGGGUGGAGCGUGUAUCCAGCGUGGUGCCGUCUCUGUGGACCGACAUCCGAGCCAUCGUCCAGAACGGGACGAGCGAGCGUCCCUACAAAAGAGUCCUGAUCGGAAUCACAGAGCGAUCCUCGGCUGAAGACGUGUCCUCCCUCCUCUCCUCCACUGGCGUCGACCUCCUGAUCUCCAGGGUCCUCCGUCCUGGAGAUGCUACAGAGCGCGCUCAGUCCAUCCAGAGCUUGUAUUCGUCCCAUAGCCAGACCAAGCUGGCCUGGAGCCUGGGGGGUCGGGCCGAGGGUCACCUGGCCUCGCUGGUGGGCCCGGCUCUGGUGAAACUGCACCAGCUACUGCUGCUCACGCUGCCCGGGACGCCUGUCUUCAACUACGGAGACGAGAUCGGCCUGAUGGACGAGGGCACCAAGUUUCCCAAGAUGCUCUGGGACACUGAUGGGGAGCUGAAUGAGACUCUACAGGAGGAGAGGUCCGAGCGUCUGUCCUGUCUCAGGUUUUUCCGCAGUCUGAGUGAGUUGCGAGGUAAAGAGCGCUCCCUGCUGUUCGGAGACUUCGUCCUCCUCCAUAACUCCUCCUCCUCUCUGGUGUACCUGCGGGCCUGGGAUCAGAGCGAGCGUUACCUGGCUGCCUUCAACUGGGCGGAGGAGGCGGCGGUGCUGCAGCUGGACGAUGUGACUCUGCCCCGACAGGCUGCGCUCGUCCUCAGCACCAACAGCAGCGUCCUGUCCUCAGACAGCAGCGUAGACCUGACAGACCUGCGGCUCGGCCCCAGACAGGCCGCACUCCUCAGGUUUCCCUACGCUGGAUAGAGCAGAGGCUGUCAGGGUUUAGGGUCAGUUUUAUCUGUGAUCAUUUACCUGUAGAAAAAAUGAUGAUCAAAGCCCCAUUCAGACUGGAUUAAAAUUACACAGGGAGGUGGAGAAAAUAUGUCCUCACAGAACACAGCCUGUAAUGGACAUGGACAUUCAGAGGUGAAUCUGUCUCAAAGAUGGUCCACAGAGUCCAUCCUGAGUCAGACCUGAACACACAGACAUUAAAACAUGUUGAUAUGAUUCAGUGUGACCUCACUUCCUAAGGAUAUCAUCACCUCUGAUGUCCGUCCUGCAGAACUUCAUUCAGAAUCCUGCUGUUUUUAAGUUUCCUUCAGUAUCACAGUGAUCCAGUGAGAGCUGUCUGUACAUCCAUGGCUUCACUGCAAACAGGAGCUGAUCACAGCUGAUUCAGCUGCUGUUACUGGGGACAGUUCUAAAAACAGAGGAGCUACCUGUCGCUGACAUUAGGACAGGGAUCUUUCUCACCUGAUUUAAAUGACAGGUGGAGCUGUAACCAUCACUUAGGUGAGGGUGUAAAAUGACUGGGCAGAGCAGGCGGUGUUAAAAUCAGCCCACUCCCUCUGCAGACAGAAAUCCAGUCCACAUGGGGCUUUAAUCAAAUAAAUGUUUCGUAGUGGUUUUUCUCCCAUGUCAUCAGUUCCUUCACAUUUAUUGUAAGGUGAAUAUAAAUGGUGUGAUGUGAUGAUACACUUGUCCUCUCCA